GAAAGGUUGAAGAAAAUUGGAGAUUGGAGAUUGGAGAUUGAAGAAGAGAAAGGGGGAAGCCAAUCCAAACCUGGACCAUCCUUGAGGACCAUGACUGACUCCAUGGAUUGUGGCAAUGUGGGGAAGGCAGAAGGGUAGUGGAUUUAUCUGGCCAAGUCAAAAUAGGGAAUUUUUUUUUUUUUACUCUAAAUUCUAUGUGUCUGAUGAGAUGGGGUGGUAAAAUUUGAAAUUGGGUAAAAUUAGCAGUUAAAGUUGCUUUCUUGUUUGUUUUUUUUUCCUUAUCUGGCUGUGCUAGUCAAACGUUGCUACAGUGUAUGGACAGACACAUACAGAGAAAGAGAGAGAAGAUAGAAAUUAGAAAGACAAAAGACUCAGAGGAAGGAAGGAAGGAAGGAAGGAGUGAGUAAAAGAACAAGUCUACUCCAAUUCUGAGAGAGUUAAAUUUUGUGACUUUUGUCUCUCUAUUGUUGUUGUUUGUCCAAAACAGUGAAAACUCAUGAAAGUCUAGGACUUUUCAGGUCACCUUCUUCAAUCAAAGACAAAGACAAAGAACACCCCUUUCCCUUUUUAAUUUUUUUCUUCCCCUAAUUUCUUUUCCCCUGUUGAUGGAUCCCAAGGCCUCAAAGCAGCCUCAGGAGAUACCCAGCUUCUUGAGCCUCCCACAACCUGAGCAACAACAUCAUCAUCAGCAACAGCCCAACACCAACACCAACACCAACACCAACACCAUGAGUGAGAACAACAACAACCACCAUAACAACAACAACGUUGUCAAACCGGCGGAGAUCAAAGACUUCCAGAUUGCGAUUGCGGACAAAGACGAAACCAAGAAGCAGUUGGCGCCCAAACGUAGCUCAAACAAAGACAGACACACAAAGGUGGAAGGCAGAGGAAGAAGGAUAAGGAUGCCGGCUCUUUGCGCCGCGAGAAUCUUCCAAUUGACUCGAGAAUUGGGCCACAAAUCGGACGGAGAAACAAUCCAAUGGCUGCUGCACCAGGCGGAGCCGUCGAUACUUGCCGCCACCGGCACGGGGACGAUCCCGGCGUCGGCUCUGGCGGCGGCAGGCGGGUCGGUGUCGCAGCAGGGGACUUCUCUAUCAGCUGGUCUGCACCAAAAGAUAGAUGACUUAGGAGGGGGAGGGUCCAGCGGAGGUAGGACCAGUUGGGCUAUGGUGGGAGGGAAUUUAGGGAGGCCCCAUGUGGCUGCAGCAACUGGGCUAUGGCCCCCUGCCGGGUUUGGUUUUUCUUCACAGUCAUCUUCAUCUGGUCCAUCUACUACAAAUCUGGGAGGGACUGAGAGCAGCUCAAAUUACUUGCAAAAGAUUGGGUUUCCUGGGGGGUUUGACUUGCCAGUCACCAACAUGGGUCCUAUGAGCUUCACUUCAAUUCUGGGUGGGGGAAGUCAACAGCUGCCUGGUUUGGAACUUGGGUUGUCACAAGAUGGGCAUCUUGGGGUUUUGAACUCUCAGGCUGCUUUGAACCAGAUAUACCAGCAGAUGGGUCAUGCUAGAGUGCAUCACCAGCAGCAACACCACCCGCAGCAGCACCAGCACCAGCACCAGCACCAACACCAACACCAACACCAGCAAGCUCCGUCUUCUAAGGAUGAUUCUCAAGGCUCAGGACAGUAGCUAGGAACCAACAAAAGAGAAAUUGGUGGUCAAGGUUUAGAUCUUGUGAAAUCGAGCAGUAGUAGCAUUUUGUUGGGGACUGAGUUUGUUUUCGGUAAUGGUAUUUGUAUUGUAUACUUUGAGAGAAUUGAAUAGGGGCACCGGAAAUGCUUGUUUCUUUUGCUCCUUAUUUUGUUCUCCAUUGCAUGACUCAAGUCUCCAUAUAAAGGUGGGAAUUGUGCACAGUCAAAUUGAUGAAUUGGGUUUUGGGCUUAACUGCUGCUUUAAUUCAGAGGUGUGUUGAUUAUAGUGUAAGCCAUCUUUAAUUAUUCUGUUCUUCACUAGGUGUGAAUGAAGUGGUGCUCCCAGUUUGUUUGUGAAAAUUUAAACCAUAGAGUUUUACAGUCAUACUUGUCCAAUUUUUUUCUCCUAGAUCCACUGAGGGUUGUUCUUAAUCAUCUAAGAUCUUCAUUAUGUUUUGCACAAACGGGCAAAUUACUACUAUCCCAAUCAGCUAUCUAUUACUUGUACUCUACUUAACUUGCUCAUGUUACUUUCAAAGAAUGCUUCUUUAGACUAAUCUCAUUUUGUCUUUAUAAUCAA